AUGAUCUGGCACCUGCGGAGAUGCAUCUUUCCUCUUGUCCUUCAAACCCCACCCCGCCUCCCGGCCUCGCAAGCUACUCCGCUCUUCUUUCUCCACCGCCAUCGCGCUAUCUCCAGCGCCGCAUCCACCAUCUCCCCCAAACCCUUCGUCGUCGAGGACUAUCUCGUCGCCACCUGCGGCCUCUCCCGAGCCCAGGCCCUCAAGGCGUCCAAGAAGAUCUCCCACCUCAAGUCCCCCUCCAAGCCCGACGCCGUCCUCGCCUUCCUCGCCGGCCUCGGCAUCCCCCGCGCCGACGUCGCGAGACUCGUUGCCGGCGCCCCGCGGUUCCUCUGCGCCAGAGUGGAGAGGACCCUCGCUCCUCGCGUCGCCGAGCUCGGAGGCCUCGGCCUGUCGCAUCCCCAGCUCGCGCGCAUCAUCCCCUACUUCUAUACCUCGCGCUGCAGCUCCCUGCGCCGCACAGUGGGUUUCUGGCUUGAGGUCUUUGGCUCCUUCAAUAAGCUCCUGCAGGCCCUCAGGAUGAACCGCGGUAUCCUCAGUGUUGACAUCGAGGGUGUGGCCAAGCCCAACUUGGCCUUCCUCCAGCAAUGUGGGAUAGGUGCCUGUGAAAUUCCCGGUAUGAAUUUGUACUCCAGCCGGCUGUUCAUUAUGAACCCCAAGUCUCUCCAGGAAGCCGCCGAGUGGGUGGAGGAGUUAGGCCUGAAGCGGGGAUCGCGGAUGUUCCGCCGUGCACUUGCUUUGGUUGCUUUUAUGAGCAAGGAGGAUGUCACUAGGAAAUUAGAACUGUUUCAGAAGUUUGGCUUUUCACAGGAUCAAGUGCUAGUAAUCGUGAGGAAGGCGCCACUUGUUCUGCCCUUAACUGAGGAAAAGAUUCGGCGAGUUAUGCAUUUCUUGAUGAGGGACAUCGGUCUGGAGGCACCGUACAUUGUGCAAAGGCCAGCGCUGUUUAUGUAUAGCCUUGAGCGCCGGUUGUUGCCCCGGCAUUGGCUGCUCAAGGUUCUGAGAGAGAAGGGAUUGCUGAAUGUUGCUGUUGACUACUACUACACAGCCAAGUUGGCUGAGAGGAUUUUUUUGCAGAAGUUUAUGCAUCCCUUUAAGGACCGCGUCCCAGGCCUCGCUGAUGAUUAUGCUUCCAGAUGUUCUGGGAAGGCUCCAAGUGGGGCUGCUUUGCAGGAAAUCUGA